CACACUCCGAAGAGACCCAAGACCUGGGAUGAUGGCUGGUUUUUCUGAAAACGCCCGUCUGUCCGUGGUGCUGGACAGGAGGAAGGCACUCACCCUCUCGCCUCUAGGACCGGAUAAGCCUACCUCCCGCCAGACGGAGAGCCCCUAUAAGAUUCCCAACAGUUCAACAGAGAAUGGCUGCACGAAGGUGCACUGGACUCAGAUAGCUCAUGGCUCCUGCCCCAAGACCUCAGUGCAGCUGAAUGGCACCUCCUCCACCAAUCACACGCAGCGUCCUGCCCAGCAGGGCGGGGUCAGGCGAGAACUGCGGUUAGUUCUCAACGAUGUUCUGAAGACAAAGAUUGGGCGUCGCUACCUGCAACAGAGUGGAUGUGGCCAUUCGUCAGCAAGCCAAUCACAGAAAAGCCGGAGAGAGAGCCAGAUGCCAAAGCGGCAGCCCAAACCAGCCGAUCAUCGAAGGACGAGUGAUGAUCCCCAGCCCAAGCCAGCCGAUUACCAAAGGAGGCGCGAUGAUUUGCAUAUCAGACCAGCUGAUCUCCGUAAGAAGUUUGAGGAUCCGCAAGCCAAAACAGUGGAUCACCGAAGGAGGUUCGAAGAUCCGCAGCCCAAAACAGCUGAUCAUCGAAGGAGGUCCGAGGAGUCGCUGCCCAAAAUAGCCAAUCACCGAUGGAGACGUGAUGAUGAUCCCCAGCCUACACAUGUCAGUUUAUCCAAGCUCAAAACUGGCAAUUCUUUAAGGUCCAAACCAACAGACUCAGAACAGCCCAAACUAAUCAAUUCCUCCAGGUCAGAAUCGGAUCACUCAGAACAGUCCAAGCCAGUCAAUACCCCAGAAGCCAACUCUGUACCAUCGGAACAGGCUAGAUUGGUGGACUCCACUAAGACCAGAACACUGAGGUCUGUGGAGUGUGUACAAUCCAAACCAGUCUCUUCAGAGACGCCCAGACCUGCUAACUCUGUUAAAUCCAAACCAGUCUCUUCAGAGACGCCAAAGUCUCUCACUUUCUCUAAGUCGAACUCGAGGUCUAAACAGCCGUGUUCGGAGUCGACCCGGUCGGGAAGCUCCAGUGGAUCAGAACCACUCCCCUCGGGGUCGCCCCUGGCACCCGCAGAGAAGGACUUGCCGGACCUCCCCAAAGCGAAAGUCUCCGCCAGACCACGGGCAGGCGACUCAGGGUGGUCAGCCCCGGCGUUGGAGUCGGAAUCGGAGCCUGAGGCAUCUGAAGUGACAGCGUCACCAGAGAGGAUGGCCUCACGCCGGACCUCCCUGAUUCAGACGCCCAAGGGGCCGUACGAGUCCAGACCGGUGACAUCUGCACGAAUCCCUACAGUAGAGGACGCACGACCGGAGGAAGUGAGCAGGAAGAGGAGUUGUGAGAAUGGCCCUGAGGUCCGUGCGGAGGAGAAAAGGAAUGCCGUGAUGCGGGAGGAAGAGUGUGUCAUGAGGAAGAGCGUGCUCCGUCUCUCGGGAGACAGCGGGGCCGAAGAGCCGCCAAUCAAGUGCCCCCGUCUGGUGACCCCAGCUGAAGAUCAGCCAGCCAAUGAGGAGAGGCGUUGCUUGAUAAGGGCCCCCUCCCGCAUCAGCCAAUCAGAGCCCAUUGUGCUGUCCAGUGAGGAGGAGUGUGAUGAUGAAGAGGAGUCCCGUGCUCAGAAUGGCACUGCUGCUGCUGAUGAUGAUGAUGAUGAUGAUGAUGGUGGUGGUGGUGGUGAGGAAGAUGAUGGGGGUGAUAAAGAGGACAGUGUUGUUCCAGAACCUUCCCCUAGACAAGGGGACACACACAGCUCACAGUUUCUGGACACACUCCCAGAGGUCACUGAUAUGAAUGGAAUAGAUAUGACCCAUCUGCCAUCAGUCUUUGAGCUGCCUUUCUCUGCCCUUUACAUGGGAGGAGUCAAGGCCCUGGCCAAUGGGAAGAUGGAGAUCACAGAGGAGAAGAUCACUUUCCCACUGUUAGACUCCUUGGGAGAGGACGUGACUGUUGUCAUGGAGACAUCACAGCUCUGCACCUACAGCCUGUUGGACGGACCGGAGCACCAGAGCAAAGGAUUGGUCCAGUGCGGGAAAGAUCCGCCCGUUUCUCCGCUCCAGAGCAGCAGAUUGGUCAAGCAGGGGGAAGGCACGCCCCCUUCUGUGCUCCUCCUGUGGGUGUCUGAGGAUCAGGCUCAGCAGUUGCGCAGUGACCUGUCAAUCAUCCAGCCUGGGACAAGCCCAGACGAGGACAGUGCGUGUGUGUGUUUGUACCUGCACGAGUGUGUGUUGCGCGUGGAGCAGGCACUGCUGGCCUCUGUGAUGGACAUCGUUGGUCUGCGCCACGGUAACCAGCAGCUGCUGUCACCCCUGAAGUCGGACGAGUCCCUGCUGGCCCUCCUGACCGCUGGAGACACACACCUGCUUCGCCUGCUGGCACCGGACCAUGCCGCAGACACACACACACACACACAGUCGGAGCCCCAGCUCGAGCCGCAGGCAUCUGCCUCCACUCAGACGGAGUCCAUCUACACUCUGCUGCACAGUCGUCAUCAGGGCGGGUAUUCUGUCCGAGUGGCCAAGCCAGGGCCAGAGUGGAUCCCAUACAAACACCGUGGGCCUACACGCAGGUUGAUUCAGUUCCCCCCGCCACCCUGUAAAGGCUCCAUUGCCGUGACAACAGAAGACUUAGAAUGUUUGGACAGUGGGCAGUUCCUCAAUGAUGUCAUUAUUGACUUCUACCUCAAGUACCUCCUGGCUGAGAGGACUCCUAAGGACUUGGUGGAGAGGUGCCACGUCUUCAGUAGUUUCUUCUAUAAACAGCUCACACGGCGAGACAAUGCCAAUGAAGACAGCACCAGCACAACAGCUGAACAUAGGCGGCACCAGCGUGUGAAGACCUGGACACGGAAUGUGGACAUCUUCAGCAAAGACUUUCUGUUUGUACCUGUCAAUCAAGAGUCUCACUGGUACCUGGUGGUGGUGUGCUACCCUGGUCUGGAGGAGCCCCGCUACGAGCCCUUCGAUGGCCCAGCAGUGGUGAAGGAGAGUGGGGAGCAGAGCUCAGGCGAGCCCCAGGCCCAGGUCCAGGCCCAGGAGGCCACAACAGACACUCCUGCCUCCAGUGAAGCCGACAAAGAAACAAAUUCCACAGAGGAGUCCUCUCCUCCUACUCCUCCAGACUGCACUGAGAAAACCUGUAAAACACCAACCGUUUGUAAAAGGCCCUGUAUCCUUAUCAUGGACUCUCUGAAACUGUCAAUCCACAAGCGUGUCGUCAAACUUUUACGAGAAUACCUACAGGUGGAGUGGGAGGUGCGGAGAGGAGCAAGUCGAGACUUCAGCCCGGAGGUGAUGAUGGGCUCCAGCUGUAAAGUCCCCCUACAGGACAAUAGCAGCGACUGCGGCCUCUACCUACUCCACUACGCAGAGACCUUCUUACAGGACCCUGUUGUGCACUUCGACCUCCCGCUGCGGUUAGAGCGCUGGUUUCCACGGCAGCAGGUGCGGCGGAAACGAGACGAGAUCCGGAACCUGGUCCUGCGCUUGUGUCGCUUCCAGUCAGGCAUGAUGGGAAAUGUAGUCCCGCGGGGAACUCCAGCGCCCCACUAGGAGUCCGCAGAAAGGCCAUACCCCACCUCACUUACCCUCCCACUGAGAGCGGCAGUGACCUCUGUGCCGGACCCAGCCCACACCCCAGCCGGAGCUCAGCCGCAGCUCCCUGCUACCUGUGCCAGUAUUUCUGACAAGUGUUUGUUAUGCCACUGGCACUCGGACAGACCAAGCCCGGAUUUGAGCCACACCAGGCCCACAUAUGGACAGUGCUGACCUCUGGACUGGUCCGUCCACUAGAUCAUAUGGACAGUGGUGACCUCUGGACUGGUCUGUCCACUCGAUCAUAUGGACAGUGUUGACCUCUGGACUGGUCCGUCCACUAGAUCAUAUGGACACUGUUGACCUCUGGACUG